GUUACACAUUUCUGCUUCAUUAUCCUCCCCUCCUUUCUUCAUCGUUCAAUUGCGUAUAACCUUUCCAACUUCAAGGAACCGAAAAGGAACAAGCUUUGUCUCCUAGGAACAGAAAAGAUUGAAGCUUUGUUGUUUCAAUGUUCGAUUUUACAUGGUUUUGUUGGAGAUUUCUCAAGUCAUGAGUCAUUAGAAUCAAUCGUUAUUUUCUGCAAUUCUUCCCAUUUCUUGAAUUGUCAUUUCAACCAGCCUAUCAAUCUUGUCUCUUUUUUAGCUGAAAAACGUACCGAUCUUUCAUCGUGAUCAACAACACCACCACCUUAAUGAAGCAUCCUUAAACACAGAUAACCAAACCAUUUUAACAUGGGAAACAACUCUCAGAGUAAAUGUGGCUGUGGUGGCAUGAUAUUCUGGCGUUCUGCUUCCAAAGACAACAAUGCCGACAAUUUUGGAAAGGCAUCAAAGACCUCAGACACAAAAAAACAACAGGGUGGUCGUGAAGGUGUAACUUUGAUUGAAACAGCUUCAUCCGACAAACACGCAGAUUCUUCAUCUGGUUCAAACACCAAGCCAGUCCCUCUUGUUAACCAAACCCGCCAAAGGAACCAUCCUAAAGCGUUACAAACCCAGGGCUACGUGAACAAUGGAAGAAGGGUCCCUAAAGAAGCCGAGGGUAAUGUCAACAAUGGAAGAAGGGUUCCUAAAGAAGCCGAGGGUUAUGUCAACAAUGGAAGAAGGGUCCCUAAAGAUGCAGUUGGCAUUUCUGGUGAACUUGAAAGCAUGUUUUCCGAUCGCCAAAAGGGAAGCAGCACCCUUGUUCGUGCUUCUUCUAGCAACGUGAUGAUGUUCAGUAAUUUAGGUAACCUCAGGAAAGGAGGGAAUACCAACACCAAUUCUCAGAACGUCGUUGAUUAUCGUGCCAAGCAAAGCGAUGAAAGCCCUGUUUCUAACGGAAGAUACACAAACCAAAGGGUGGAGAAUGCAAGUAAAGGAAGCACGGAAAAAACGGGUUCUCUAUGCAGGGCCGUUUCCACUAGAAUGGACCCCGAACAAUUGAAGAUAAUGGGCAAUGAGGAUUACAAGAAUGGAAGAUUUGAAGAAGCAUUGGCUCUUUAUGAGGCUGCAAUUUCAAUUGACCCCAAUAAAGCUUCCUACAGGAGCAACAAAAGUGCAGCAUUAACGGCUCUUGGGAGGCUUCUGGAGGCUGUGUUUGAGUGCAGAGAAGCCAUUCAAAUAGAGCCUCAUUACCAAAGAGCUCAUCAGCGAUUGGGGAGCCUGAACAAGAGAUUAGGAGAAACAGACAAUGCUCUUUAUCAUUACAAACUAGCAGGAUCAGAGGCUGACCCGGAAGAAAUGGCUAAAGUAAAGAAAAUCCAGUUCCAUUUAAACAAAUGCACUGAGGCACGUAGGAUAGGAGACUGGAACAACUUGAUUAAGGAGGCCAGCUACGCUAUUUCAUCUGGUGCAGAUUCUGCUCCACAGAUAUUUGCAUUGCAAGCCGAGGCAUUUUUGAAGCUCCGUAGGCAUCAACAUGCAGAGGAAGCACUUCUGAAGGGACCAAAUUUUGAUGUUGAGCAGUGCACCAGGUUCUUUGGACAAAUUUGUAAUGCAAACUUGUUGGUGAUUCGGGCUCGGGUUUAUUUGGCAGUUGGCAGGUUUGAUGAUGCUCUAGUUGCAAUUAAUCAAGCAUGUAAGCUAGAUUCAAACAAUAAGGACGCGAUAAAGGUGAUGACGAAGACUAAAGCUGUGGCCAGUGCUAGAUCAAAUGGAAACGAGCUUUUCAAGGCAUCAAAUUUCUCAGAAGCUUGUGCUGCAUAUGAAGAGGGGUUGGAGAAUGAUCCAUAUAACUCAGUUUUGCUAUGCAACCGAGCUGCAUGUAGAUCAAAAUUAGGCCAAUUUGAGAAGGCCGUGGAAGAUUGCAAUGCUGCUCUUAACUUACGACCAUCUUACAGCAGGGCCAGGCUAAGAAGGGCAGAUUGCAAUGCCAAGUUGAAAAGAUGGGAAGCUUCAAUUCAAGACUAUGAAAUAUUGGUAAAAGAGACACCGGAGGAUGAGGGAAUAAAGAGGUCUUUGAUGGAGGCCAAAGAGCAUCUUCUGCAACAGCGAAGUGAAUGAAGGUUAUCGAGUGUGGUGGACUUGAGAGAAUGGUUUGCACUUUAGACACUGAGUUUGGUGAAGAAAUAUGAGAAGUGAUGCGUCACAAAGUUGAGGACAGGAAAAUGGCCCUACUGUGCCUGUAAUGUGAAGGAUGAUAGAUAAGCACACUUAUGGUCAAUGAUCAAUUAUCAAUUAUGAAUUCUUUGUAGAGAAAGUUGUGGAGGAACACUAGGGACCCAUUGUCAAGGAUAAAGUGUCACUUUAAUUAUUUCUAAUGUUGAAUCAAUCAACUGAAGGUGCAAAUUUUUCAAUUUUUAUAUUGAGAUUGAAGUUUGACUUGAAUGGUUGGAGAUAGCU